GCCACCUUGGAACAGUUCAGUCUGCCACGACCAAGCAAAGUGAGGCUUUCGCCGACAACCCACCAGACGACUAAGGAGACGAAGUGUCACUGACUGACAAUGGACAAGAUGUCCAUACUGAUGGUGUGUUUGAUGGCCGCCUUGUCGGAGGCUGCAUUACACGAUUUUUCUAAUGUACUGGACGACGAUGAACUCGUGGAUCAUGCGAGUAGAGUGGCGAGGGCUGCUGAUGCCGCUGGCUAUGAGAUCGCCACGUUGUACGGAGAGAGCUUGGAGUCUGGAGAACAGAGACGCCUCACCAAGAGAGACGUUGAAGACCACGUCGCCAGUCCGUCGUCAAAGUCCAAAAACUUCGAGCUUCGCCUCACUUCCGGAGAGAGACUACACAUGUCACUUCAGAAGCGGCAAGUUCUAUGCUCAGACCUGAAAGUGGUGGAGCGCUUGGAGAACGAAACGAUAAUCAGUCGCCCAGUCAUCAAAGACUGCUUCUUCAGUGGCCUUCUGAGGGACAAGUCUGGCUUCGCUUCACUGUCGCUGUGUGAUGGAAACGUGGUUGGAGCCAUUCAGUCAAAAGACCGUAACUUCCAGUUACUCCCACUUCCGGAAGAUUUCACCCGCAAAUUUCCCUUUCUGCACGUGCUGCUUACGUGGUCAAAUGCAACCGACGAUCAACAUUCUAGCCUCGGAGACAACUUUGUAGACGUGUCGAAAGAUGAAGUGAAUAAAAUAGAGGAUGAAGAUGCAAACAACGAAAAAGUCAAGAGGUCAGUACGCGACAGGAAGGUGACGAUAGAGGUGGGCGUCUACUUGGAUCGACUCUUCUUAAACAAAGUAUGGGAAAAGCAUCAAAUCUCCUCAAACCAGCAGCUUACAGACUUCAUCGCUCGAAAAUGGAGUGGUAUUGCCGGUGUGCUGCACAACCCCUCGCUGGUCGGGUGGGACAUCACGAUCAAAGUCGUCCAUGUGGAGAUCUGGAGAAGCAACCCGUGGUGGUACCAAGACUCCACUAAAGACCUAGGAAAGCGUUUGAGGAUGGCGUCUACCAACACCAUGAAUCAGCCUUUUGACUACAUUUCCUUCGAAACCGCAGAUGCCGAACCACCUGGAAAAAUGGGUCUGGCUCACGUUGGGGGGAUGUGCAACCCAAGAACCCGCGUAGGUAUCACCAAGGGAGCCAACUACAACUUCGGACCUGAGAUCCAUGAGAUGGGACACGCCAUGGGACUGAAGCACGAUAACCAGAUAUGGCAGUGUUCAGGACGUGAGAAAGGUUUCAUGACUACAACUCAGAGUGUCUUCAGACCAUGCUAUGCUAAAGUCCUCGACUCCUCCUUCAGGGACAAAUCGAAGUCCUGCUUGUUUGAAGACAACGUUAAUACCUGGAACUAUAGUCCGGUCAAACUAGGUUGAGUAUGAACAGAAUUUGACAAGUCUUACAGAGUCGUGUCCAGCAUAAUUUCUAUCUUGUAUUCAACUGACGCUUGUGACAAUAAAACUUUGCAGAGAAACAUU